CAACGCCAAACCCGACUUAUCGGCGCCCCACAACGCGUUAAUGGGGCAUUUUGCGGGUCGACGCGACUGGGGGGCUGGUGGCUGCCGCACGUCGACACGUGCAUGGUCAAGGAACAGUUGAGGACAUCACCCAAGCAGGUUGAGUCUGUGCCUCAACAACACAUCAUCCUCACAUCUAAAAAGAACCAACCAACUGAAGAAGCCUAGUUCAACUUUAAACUCAAUCCACGUCGUUGACAGCUUUUAUCAUUCCGAUUCAUAAAACAAGCCUCGACUCUCUGUCAACACUCCUUUCUGAAUUUCCAAUUCCAAUCUCACCCUCGAACUACCUUCAUCCCGCCCAUCAUGGCCACCCGCCGAAUCAUCUCCCAGGAGAAAACCCUCCUCGAGAAAGAUGACACCGUCGGUUCCAGCCCAGCAGCAGACGAGAAGUCCAACAUUGCCCCGGCGGUCCCGACGUCCGUCAUCAUGAAACUCCUCGCCUUCACCCUCGGAAUGAUCGUGAUACCCAUUGGGUCCUACUUUGUCACAGUCGACACAGUCUUCAACGGCAACUCAACCUACGCCGGCGCUCUCGCGGCCAUCAUGGCCAACGUGGUGCUCAUAGGCUACAUUUUUGUGGCCAUGGCCGAGGACCAGAGCGAGCAGCAAGAAGGGGGAGGCCCCAAAGAUGGGAAGAAGGACCGGUAAACCCGUGUUCUUCCGAUUCCCCUUGUGUAUUUCUAGCAGGUUAUUUGGUGUGCUUCGGCUUUGAUGUCAAACGGAAGGGAUCGCCUCUGAAGGUAAUGUGUA